AUGUCAACUCGACAACCAACCUCACGUAAAAGAGGUUCAGCGAAAGCUGUUCUCUCACCAAAACCAAAAAGAAGUCAAAAGGAGCCAAAGAGUUCUUCAGAUGAAGACGACCCAACACAAUCAGAGAACAACACAGAGGAUUCGGAAUCUGGAGUUGAAGUUCCAACUUCUUCAACAGCUGGCACCAAGCAGAAACACAAAAAGAAGCCUAAGAACAAAAAGGAAGAGAAAUCUGGUGAGGAAUCUGGUGAUGAAACGGACGGUCCAAGUACAUCAGCUGGCAAAAAGAAGAAAAGCAAAAAGAGAAAGAGGGGAAAAAAGGAUAAGAAACCGAGGAAACCGGUGUACGACACCGCAGCGCUCACCAAAGAGUUUCACAACAACGGCUACCUAACUUUCUCCGGUGGUCAACUACGUCCUCUUCAUGGUCUACUGUGCGCAUUUCCGCCUCAAAUCUCGGCCGCAAUCAACCUUCAAGACGAAAAAUCGGCUUUCACGAAUUUCACCGACAACUUGUUACACGCUUGCAGAGUCUUCGGAUCAUUAAACACGAUUGUAUCUCAAUCGUUCUCGUCCAUUAACCAGUACUUUGGUUUUUCGACUUUCCGAUCUGAAAACCAAUCUCUACAUGUCCGAAUAGCAGUUGGAGGUAUCUCGUCGGAGAAUAAUAGACCAAAUUUGGUUGAGAUUAUUAUUCCCGAGAGAUUCGAGAUAGCCGUCGAACGUGCACAGUUGGCUUCUAGAACCACAAAUGAGUACGAUCACAGGCACUUCGACAGUUCUCAAAGUUUAUUCCAGUCGGCUGGAUAUUGGCUCUAUCUCCUGAUUACUUGGUACGAAAAUGAUUCAUCUCUUGCUCCCGGUCAUCCUCACAAAUGGAGCAUUGAAAAAUUCGACACUCUCUUCACUCUACAUGUUCUUUUGCCAUUAAUGGAAGGAAUUCAACACGGCAGUAAAUGCCCAACUUGUUUUUGUUCUGAGAUGGUAGCAAAUUCUAUCGAAGGACUUCUGUUUGGGUUGUCAAGACAUUUGCAACAAAGAGCAAACAUCUCUUACCAAAAUUUGUCUCUUCACUUUGAUUAUCAGAAGCUAUCCGGAAUGAUGUGCGAAACAUUUAAAGAUCCAAGACUAUCAACAGAUGAGCAGUCUAUUUUAGAUAAUAGACAGACCGAAAAAUCAAUCAUGGUGAAGACAAUGGCGUCCAUGGAGGAGAAUCUGAAGCGGUUCUCAUUCCCAUAUUACCGAUACAACUCAGAAAAGAAGGGUCUGAACGCGGCUCUCAACAUCAAUGCACAAUUUCCACUGAAACCAGAUCUACCUGACGAAGCAGAAGCUUUAGCUUAUCAAGAAAUGGGUCUCACUGUUGAAGAUAUUCGAGUCAAGAUCUCGGACACACUCUUAAAAGUUGAAAUCGAAUUAGCAAGACCUGUACUAUGUCGUAUUCUCGAACAAGUUGUCAGGGAAGAGGAGAAACCGCAAAGAAAUACAAGACCAGCUGAAGUGGAAAAAGCUCCAACAACUCAUCGAGAAGAAAAGCCAGCUCAAUCGGAGCAAUUGGAUGCUCCAAUUACUCAAAAUGAUGACGAAGAUUCGUUAAAUCGGAUCCGCCCAGGAAGUCGUGGCAACGAAAGCCCUCAUCAUUAUGAAUAUAAUGAUCCAUAUGAUCCAGCCAAUUACUAUCCAGAUCCAAACUAUGAUUUAGGAUUUCAAGAUAACCUACAAGGUAUGGAGACCAUGACUCUUGGAGGAGAUUCCAUUGAAUCAUCGACAGAGGAUUCUUCGAAUCACUCGGAUCCAAAUGUUCCGUCAUCGUCAGGUGCGCUGACUAUCGUGGAUCACAUGUCUGAUCCUUCACCCCCUAUCCUACUUCCGAGAAAGAUUGGAGAAGAAGAUGAAGUGGAUCCAUCGAAACGAGCAAAACGUGGAGUGGAUUCUGGGGAAACUCCGAAGGAGAAUCAGAAUACAAUGAUUCCAACUAGUGAUGAUUCGUCAGGAAAUCAAAUUUCCUGCGAUUCGAUGAAGACGUCAAUCAGCUUGAGAAGUGUUUUCAUCUGGAUGAAGGAAUUCGUUCAGUGUUUGUAUUCGAAAGAAUUUGAAGGGUUUUUGAAGACAUUGGAUAAGGAAAUGAAUGGAUUCACGGAUCAGAAUAUCUUGAUUUCGGACAUUACCCCUUUCAUCGACACGUUUCUCGUUUUCGCCAAAAAGAGCACACCGUCUACUACACAAUCUUUAAAUGUCAAGGAUUUUCUAACUAAACUGAAGAUCACUCUCUACAUGAUGAGCAGCGUCAUUUUUGCUGAUUUUCAAGAGAAAAUCGAUAAAAUGAUUGCUGAAAUCGAUAGGGAGAAUAUGAUGAUUCCCACUCAAUUCCUUCUGAAUCAUUUCAACACAAUCUACUUGUAUCUCAAACACUCAAGUUGA